AACUUGGACUGUAAAAAAAAUAAGCAUUUUGUUAGCUUUUCUUGGUAAUCAGAAUUCAGCUCACAGCCGUUUGGGUGUUUGAUACCUCUGGCGAGUGCGGGCUGUGAGCUGAUUCCCGCUGCUCCUCCUGUCGGACACGGGCUGUUGUUGUGCGCUCGCUCGGCGGUGGAGAACAGCAAAUGGCGGAGAAGUUACCUGGACUCGGCCUCUACAUCAGCCCCGGCAACAUGCUCCUGGCUGGUGGCAACACGGAUGGAGAAAAGGCGAAUGGAAAAUCAUUUGAGAAUGUAGAACUUGGAGAUGCGAGUACAAAAAAGCAAAAGGUUCCUCGGAGAAUCAUUCACUUUGCUAGUGGCGAAACUAUGGAGGAGUACAGUACAGAUGAGGAGGAACAGGAAGAUGAAAAGAAAGACUUAUUGCCUAUAAUUGAUACUAGCAAGCUUCCUUGGGGCCCAUACUUGUGGUUCUACAUGCUAAGAUUUGCUACAGGAACAUUGUCAGUUUGCGACUUCUUGGGAGAAAAGUUAGCCUCACUUUUUGGUAUAAAUGCUCCAAAGUACCAGUAUGCUAUCGAUGAGUACUACAGGAUAAAGAAGGAGGAGGAAGAGGAAGAGGAGGAAAAUAAAAUGUCAGAAGAAGCUGAAAAGAAUUACCAAGAACAAAUGGGACAGCAGCAAGAAGUGGUCAGUGCACAUAAUGGCCUUCCAGUAGUUAAUGCAUCAUUUGUGAAUGUCAGCUUUGAAAUGGAAGGUGAUCCUACCACUAUAACAGAAACCAAACAAAGAGGUGAUCCUAUCCCAACUUAGAGGGAGCUAUCAGUGAAAGAUAUGUAAGAGCCCCACUCUGCCCGAUUUCGCACCCCCCGCCAAGAAGAAACAAUGCCUUAAUUCAACGAUUGAAAAUGCAGUUGUGCCUUGCAAUAUCAUCCGCCUUUCAUCUAAUUUGGUUUUCAUAUCAUGCAUCUGCUGUAAUUAUAACUAAUACUAGAAAUCAACAUUGUACUAUUAACCUAUACAAUAGCGUUAUUUAUUUGUAGUGUUUUCGUUCUUUAUAAAUAAGUAAAAAUGAUCACUUUUAUAUGCCACAAAACUUUAAUAAAAAUUUAUGCAAACUAUUUUUAUAUCAUAUACAAUUUACAUAGUCAGUAAAAAUGUUGAUUAAGUACAGGUGAGAAUAAAAAAAAGCUGUACACAGAAUCAGAAUCAUGAAUCAUCCAGAUCAGCACUACCAUCAUUGUCAUUUGCAACAAGAACUUCUCGAUUUUCAUAAGUCCAAAAACCAUUUAGAUCAAUUAGAAUGCUGCUGACGGUGUCACCUUGUCCACUGCUUAUUAAAUCUUGAAGGGUGAUUUUAUAUGGAUCUUUAGGCUUAACCAUGUCAAAGAUUUCAUCCUGUAAGAUCAAACCAUUUUUCAGUAUGAUUUCUAGAUUAUGCAUGAAGGACAUUAGUUCUUGGUGUAUUUUCUAACUUUUCAAAGAGGAAAAAAUGUUACAAGUUCUGUUAUUCAAGCAGAAGGAAGAGUUUGGACAUAAGAAAUAGGAGCACAAGAAGUCCAUUUGGCCUGCUCAAAGCUGAUCAUAUACUUCAACUCCACCUUACUGCAUUAUUCUAAUCCUUAGUAUAUCUGUUCUAUUGACUUUUGCUCUCUUGGGUUUUGAAUUUCAAAGAUUCAUAACCCUCUGAAGAAAUUUCUUCAUAUCUCAGUUCUAAAUGACCAACACUUUAUUCUGGGACUGUGACCCUGUGUUCUAGAUUCCCCAACCAGGGGUAACAUGUUCUCAGUAUUUACCCUAUCAAGCUCCUUAAAGAGUUUGUUUCAAUGAAAUCACCUCUCAUUCUUAACUCCAGAGAUAUAGGCCUUGUCUACUCAAUCUCCUCAUCUCAGGAAUCAAAUCUCGUAAACCUUUAUUGCAGUAUAGAUACUAUUGGUAACCCAAUGUGCAGAAUUGUGGCAGACAAUGGGCAGAAUUUUCCUGGGCCCCCAGGAUGGCGGGAAAGUGGGAUAGCGGGGAGCUACGGCAGGACAGGGAAGUUCUUGGGAGAUGAUCACUAUGCUGCCUUACAGUGGGCAGCUGAUCUGCAUAUUUAUGGCCCUAAUCAGAGGCUAUUUAGAGCACUUGCCAGUAUUUUGCCACUGGUGGAGUAGACUCCUGGCUGCAUGUGGCAGAGGCUACCAACUUAAUGGAAGUAGCCACCCUGAAGUAGGCUGGGGAGGGGCUGAGGUGGCAUCAGAGCUGGAGGCUCCAUCCCCCAAAGUAGAGACUGCUGUCAGCAAAAGCCACGUUUGCAGUCCAAACGCUAAACCCAGCGGGUCCUACCUGCUUGGUGUCUCUCAAGUAAAUUGAUUAAUUGACAUCUGCUCGGACACCUCCAUUUUAAGGUGCCCUAGUGUUCUCCUAGCUGACUCAGCAGCGUCCACCUCUGUGGAGCUGCCCAGAGCUCUAGAGCUGAUGGUUCUGUGACUGGCAGCCCACCAGCCAUCCCAAAUUGGAGAGCAAGCUUGGAGGUGGCCAAUUAGGAAGCCAUCUCCAGGAAAAUAGCUCCCAGUUUGUCUCCCUAUAAGUGCAGGCUUAGAACCAAACCCCCCAAUUUGCUCCUGCCACUGGGGUCCCAAAGCCUGCAGGAAAGUCCUGGCCAAUAUCUUGCCAGUUCUUUUUGUGCCAUUUUAUCGUGGAAGAUGGGGAGGAGACACUUUGUUAAUGUAAAGUGUUAAUGUUUUUUUUUGGAGUCCAACAUAUUGCUAGAACUAUAGAAGUACCAAGAAUCUGAAAGGGACAUUGCUAUUGAAAAGGUUCUCUCUUAUUUGCAGGUAAUAGUCUACUGCUUUUGACUUAGUGUCAUUAACAAUCUAUUACUGUCCCACUUCACUAUGCAAUCAAAAGGACAAAUUGAGAGCCAGGAACUUGGUAAAUCAGUUGUCUUCAGGAAUGCAUUCUUAAAUUCUACCUUUCAUUUUUAAAAUCUUUUUAGUCCAGGCCAAAAAAUGGAGAUGAAUCUUCUGCCCAAUAGGUCUUCAAGAUAAGAACUGAAAUUAGAUCAUCUCAAACUAUCACUUGUAAAUUCUUGUGUUCUAUUAGCAGUGGGGUGAGAUGUCUUUUAGUUCUAACUCAGCAGCUAUGAUGCUUCAAUCAUUAUUUAACCCGGAAAGUUGUUUAUGACAGUUUUGGUGGAUCAGAAAUGCAUGUCCAGAGAAUCAGAAUGAAAAGAAAACAAUUGGACUGUUUACAUGUAAAAGCCUUGCUGUCGCUGCAAGAUUAAGUUGUACAAUUUACCUGGAAAUGUCAUAGAUUAACAAGUAAAGUCAUUGAAUCAAUUUUUUUCCCCAGCCACAUUUCACUGUAAUAUGACAAAUUUUGCAAGAAUGUGUACACAAUUGCAGAAGCAUUUUCUGCCAUAAUUCUUAUAGACUUAUACAGAUCAUGGGUUGCUGUAUAACUCAUGAAAACCCAAGAUUUACCCUUAAAGUAGCUGUAUUUCUAAUUCUAUAGCAUCAAAAUGCCUUCUCAAAGUUACAAGGUACCUUAACAUCCUGAAAAGAAACUGGCUCCUGCCCAUGAAGUUUCAUUUGCUCCUGUAUAGCCUGUAUAAAUAAAAACAAAAUACAGAAUUACAGUAAGAUCAUGGAUUGAAACAGAAGGAGAAAGUCUGAGUUCUUGCCAGUCUGUUAAGAUUAGGUUUCGAGUUGGCAAACAAGCUGAAUAUCAUACAGGACAAUACCACAUUUGAUACAAUUACAAUACAUUACAAGCACAUUUCUUAGUUGACAGUGGAUAUUCCAGAUAGCCUGGAUGAAAGUAACAAGCAAACUUUUAGUAUCCAGCCAAUUUUCUCUUCACCAGUCCAAAAUCACAAACUGGUUGUAGCACUCAGGGAUGUUAUCCUCGCUGACAUAAAGACACUUAAUUGAAUCUGGGACUUUCUUGGUCUGAAUGAUUCCAUACUCCCCACAAUAAAUAUUUUUUUAAAACACCAUAGCUUAGCUUAGCAUGUACAGCUAAAUUAAAAGUAGGACCAAAGGUAUUCAGAUAAAUUAUGCUACAAACAUAUAACGGCAGUAAAAUGAUUAAUAAAAGGAUAUGUAACAUGUAAAUAUACAUUUAGGUGUUAUAUGCUGAAAACUAUAUUAGUUAUAUGUCAUUGUACCACAGGGAAAUAUGGUACAUUAAUUAACAGGAUACAUUUGGGCAAGUGGAUGGCUAAGUAUUUUUUAAAAAAUCUCUGGGGGUUUAAAUAUAGACCAGAAUGAUGGAAUAAAAGUUACCUCUGCUGGUUGCAAGGGUCCUCUGUACUACUACUAUUACUGCAACAACUAUUUGUAUAGCUCCUUUAACAUACUCAAAUGUAACAGCCGCUAUAAAACAAAAUUUGACACCAAUUCACAUAAGGCGCUAUUGGGGCUGGUACAGUAGGUUUUAACGAGUACCUUGGAGGAUAAAGAGGCGAAGAGGUUUAGGGAGGGAAUUCCAGAACUUAGGGCCUGGCAGUUGAAGCCACUGCUGGCAAUGCUGGAGUGAUUUAAAUUGGGAAUAAUCAUAGAAUUGGAGGAGUGCAGCAAUUCUGGAGGGUUACAGGACUGGAGAAGAUUAGGGAGAGAUGAGCCCAAAGAGGGAUUUGAAAACAAGGAUGAGAGGGCAUUGCGUAGCCAAGAGUCAGAGUAGGCCAGCAAGCAUAGAUGUGAUGGGUAAGCAGAAUUUGGUGUGAGUUAGAAACCAAGAGUUUCGGGUGACUUCAACUUUAUGGAGGGUAAAACAUGGUGGGGUUAAUUUGGAGAGCAGAGUAGUCAUCAAGUCUAAAGGUAACAAAGGCAUAGCUGAGGGUUUCAGCAGCAGAUGAGCUAAGGCAGGGUCAGAAUCAGGUGACAUUACAGAGGUGAAAACAGGCAGUCUUAGUGGGGAUACAUGGUUGGAAGCUCAUCCCAGGGUCAAUAUGAUACCAAAUUUUUAAACAGUCUGAUUCAGCCCAGGACAGUUGCUGGGUAGAAGACUGGGGUAGGUGAUUAGGGAACAAAGUUUCUGGCAGAAACCAAAGACAAUGGCUUUGAUCUUCCUAACAUUUAGUUGGAAGAAAUUUUUGCUUAUCCAGUACUGAAUGUUGGACAAGUGGUUUGAUAAUUUAGGGAUAGUGGACUAGUCGAGAGAAGUGGUAAAAUGACUUAAGGCAGUUUUAAUCCAAUUCUAAGUGGGAUUAGGCGUACAACGCAAAAUACUAACAGGACAUUAAUAAGUAUUUGUGCUCAUAAAGCCCACAGAAUGGCUAGUAGUUUGGCAAGUAGAAACAGUGUUACACUGGUAGAUGGUGUGAUCGUCUGAGGUUAGUGCUAAGACAGAGUGGAGUCAGCUUUGUUCCGCAUCAGUACCUGAAGGACAAUGCUUGAUAUGGGCAUUGAGUGCCUGAAAUGGGAAGAGUUCCAAUCCUAGCACUGACAUCCUUCAGCUUGAUAUUUUACCCAAUACAGAGGAAAAAAAAUGUGUUCAAUGAUUUUAAAAAUGUACAUUGAUCUUAAUGUAAGACUGUUUAAAAAAAAAAACGUGCUCACCCUGAAGAAGAAAUUGAGGGAAAAAACGUUAAGAUAGCCCUUAUUUUCCAUAUCCAGUAAUUUAAAGAUAUACUGAAGAGCAGCAGGCUCCUUUCGGUUUUCUAAAGCAAGAACAAAGUCCAGAUACGUCUUGUAAUCCUUAAGAAAAGAGGUCAGAAGGAUAAAUGUCUAAAAUAUAGGUAUGUUUUUAUUUCAAGGGCAUUCAAAAAUGCUCGACAUUCUUGAUUGCUAAUGUGAUGAAUGACCAAUUUCCUAAUUUUGAUUCACAAAAAUACAAUAUUACUUAUGUUGGUAUUAACAUGGUGGACAAAAUAAGUCAUCUUUUGUUGCACACAUCAUUUUUAUCCCCUCUUUAUAAUUACUGAAGUGGUAUACCUUUUCCUAAUUUUCCAUUUUGUUUUUCUGUAGCACCAGAAUGAAAGCCUGAUAUUUUUGUUUAUGAUUGUUUCUAAGAGUUAAAAAGAAACAUUAAACAUCCUCUUGCUUGAAAAA